AUGCAAUUCAAACUCUCUACUGCCGUGCUCGCCACCCUCCUCGGCGUGGCCAUCUCGGGCCCCCUCGUGGUCCGCGACACUGCCACGAUCCUCAGUGACCUGAGCACGAUCGACAGCGACAUCAACACCCUCACCCAGCAUUUCAAUGCCUUCACCGGCGACCUGAGCCAGGCGCUGGCCGCCCAGGUCGUGGAGCAGCAGCUCGAGAACGACAUCGACAAGGCCACCACCGACACCAAGGCCACGUCGGCCCUGUCCAGCGCCGACAGCACCAGCGUCACCAACGCGCUUUUGGCUCUGAAGCCGGAUAUCGUCACUUCUCUGGAUGCCAUUGUUGCCAAGAAAACCCAAGUCGACUCUGCCGGCGUGGGCAGUCUCGUCCUGUCCGACCUGAAUGCGCUGCAGACCAAGACGGACGCCCUCUCGUCUGCCCUCCAGGCUAUUGCCACCACGACCGACAAGUCGACCAUUGCCUCUGGCACCGCGGACAUCGAUGCCGCGUUUGUCAGCGCCAUUGCGGUCUUCUCUUAG